AAUGUACAGUUCACAUCAACAAAUCAGAGUGAUUCCCCUUUCGCUACACCAAAUGGGAAAUCGAAAGUACAAGAUAAUGAGGAAAACGAUAUAUUUGUUGAACUUUUUUCAACUAGGAAAGCUAAUCCAAAGAAAUCUAUAGUUGCAUAUCUAAAUAUAAACAGUCUGCGGAGCAAAGUUGAGCACAUACAUGAUCUAUUAACUCGGAAUGUAGUUGAUCUACUCUUUUUAUCAGAAAUAAAACUUGGUGAAGACUUUUGCGGACGUCCAGUUUCAGGUGGACAACUAUAUCCUAUGGAGAAGGGAUCGAAACACACAUGGAAGGGGAAUAGUGGCAUAUCUAAGAUCUGAUCUACCAGGUGACAGGAAGAGGAAAUUCGAAUUCAAGUCAAUCGAGGCCAUAGAACUGGGUAUGGAUGUCAGUCCACCUUAUUUAGGAUCAUGGAAUACUGGAAAAGAGCCUUGGAUGAGAAUAAUUUUAGAUACACAAACACUGCCAUUCUGCCCAGUGUCAGGACAACCAGGACAAUGGGAAAGCUGAAGAUUCUCUUCACUGCUCUGUCAGUGGCAGUGCUGGGAUUGGCAUAUCAUCUUUACACACCAAUGCCACCGGAAGCGGAAGAACCUUACCAGCAGAUGGCGUUUUUGGCAAAAUUCAAAUUAGCUAAGACAAUUGUUUCUGUCAUAGGUUGGAGCGAUUUAGAAAUGUUCAAAAAGUUAGGGUCUCCUAAAUUCGACAUUGAUCCAGCCGACACUGUUACGUCCGUGGACGAUAUAUUUGAUGGUGUAGAUGUACGAGUAUACAGACCCAAAAACCAAAAAAGUGACGAAAUUCUUCCAGCACUCGUGUUCUAUCAUGGAGGAGGAUGGGUGUUGGGGUCUAGAGAUUCCUAUGACCCAGUACUAAGAGGAUUUGUUAGACAGAAGCGGAUGGUGGUGGUAUCUGUCGAGUACCGAUUAUCUCCCGAAUUUCCUUUCCCUGUUCCCAUAGACGAUUGUGUAACAGCGACGAGUCAUUUUCUGCGUCACAGCAAGACUUAUAGAGCUGACCCAGAGAGAAUAGGUGUCAUGGGUGACAGCGCUGGUGGAAAUUUGGCUGCCGCAGUGGCACUGAGACUGCUGGGGCCUGAGUUUGUCGACCUCCCAAAGAUAAAAGUCCAGGUUCUGAUUUAUCCGGCUCUUCAGGCCUUCCAAUUUCUAUCUCCUGCUUACGUUAAAUACGCGGGAAAUUCUGUUCCCGGGGCACUUAAUGCUGAAACAAUGUGUGAAUUCUGGUUAUGGUAUGGCCUUGGUCAUGACUACACGAAAGUGGAUCACUUAGAUUUGUUAGCUGGCAAACACCUUACGUCGGAAUGGUUGAAUUCAAAAGAAGCCAAAUAUUUAGAUAUCACAAUUUUACCUGAGAAGUUACGCGAAAGUCGCAGUGCUACCCCAGAUUCUGUUAAGAACGAAACUUUAUCGAAGUUGAUAAAGCCUGUGUUUUUUAAUCCUUCUUUUGCGCCUUUAAUGGCAGACGAUCAAAGUAUACGUAGAUUGCCAAACACGUACAUAUUGACUGCAGAAUUUGAUCCUUUGCGUGAUGAUGGGUUUUAUAUGACAAAGAGAUUACAAACGAUGAGCAAAAAGGUAGAGCACAGACAUUUUACUGGAAUGGACCAUGGAUUCCUGUCUGUCCCGAACUAUCAAAAUGGUUUAAAAGCUGUUGUGGAAAUUUGUGAAUAUCUUAAUAAAGAGUUGUGAUGUA